AUGAAACUGGUAGCGGGGAGAACCGAGAACUUGGACCUGUUCAUAAAUGAUCCAAUUCAGACGGAAAAUGAUAUUCUGUCCAACGGGAUGGACGACACAUUUGAUGCAUCGAUUAGUAUAAACGUUGGUCAUCACGCGAUUUUGGGAACCCACGAGCAGGCUAUGCAAUUUCGUCAAUUGGAACCGGAAGAAGCCAAGGCCCGUUUGGCCCGUCUGAUAGAACGUAUGGACGCGGACAAGGAUGGGGUGAUCAGUAAGGAGGAGUUGAUCAACUGGAUUGUGCAUUCAUUUGAGUUGCUCGAUUUAGAAUCCGCUCGGCAACGGUUGAAAAGCCAUGACGAGAACGCGGAUGGACUGGUUAGCUGGGCUGAAUUCUUGCACAAAGUUUACGGAUAUUCCGAACAGGAAAUGGAAGAUUUGAAGAAAACCGAGGGACCCGAAAUACAGGCAUUUGUACAGUCCGUACAACAAGAGAAAGUGAAAUUCGAUUCAGCCGAUUUGGAUAAAAAUGGCCUGCUGAAUGAGACCGAGUAUGCGGCUUUCGAAUACCCGCACAACUACCCGCAUAUGGCCCCGUACGAGAUCAUUCACACACUGAAAGACUUCGAUCGAGACAAAGACGGACUGAUCAGUGAGGAAGAGUAUUUGCAAGACAUUCGAUUUCGUUCGUUCUCUGCAGACAAAAUGCAACCCGAGGCUCUGGUCAUCGAGAAGGCCAAUUUCAAACGGUACGAUAAAAACGGAGAUGGCAAACUGGAUCGCGAGGAACUGGUGGAUUGGGUUACUCCUGGUUUUCGGAGAACGGCCACAAGUGAAGCGGAACAUUUGCUCAUGGAAACGGACCAGAACAAAGAUGGGAAGCUUUCGAAGGAUGAAAUCUUGAAACAACAUGAGCUAUGGGUUGGAAGUCAGGCAACAGACUAUGGCCGACAUUUGGAACAGAUGCCACGAGACGAGCUAUAG